AUGCACUCCUCACCAACUCCCUCGCGUUCUUCAACCAGCACCUCACGUGAUACACAAGAGAAACCACCAUCUCCAACCUCCUCACUCGAUCCAACCAAAAAAGCCAACACAGACUCGAACCUAGAUUAUCUCACUUGGAAGUCCCCCUCCGACCCCUCCAACCCCUUCAAUUUCCCCACCACCAAAAGAUUGCGCAUCACCCUCCUCGCAUGCAGCAUGACCUUCGUCGUCCAAGUCUCCGGCACAAUGCUCACAUCAGCCGCACCGCAAAUAAACUCGAGCUUCAAUGUCAGCGAUGAAGUGUUCCCGCACUCGUACUGGCCGGUGCUAAGCUGGAACCUCGGCGGCGCAGCAGCGCCACUGCUGGGUCUCCCUCUGAUGGAGAAUUUCGGCGUGAGAUGGAGUUACCUGAUCAUCUACGCUGUUAUGAUCAUCUUUAUCAUUCCACAGGUGGUGGCAGACAAUUUCGCUACGUUGAUAAUUACGAGAAUUAUCACGGGGUCAUGUGCGGGUGUGCUGGCGAAUAUCACGUCGGGGAUUGUAAGCGACAUCUGGAGACCGGGGCGCGUGCAUAGCUUCUGUACGUCGUUAUAUAUCUUUGCAUUGCUAGCGGGAUUGAAUAUGGGGCCCGUUUUUGGGAGUUUGGUGGUAAGGUAUACGACUUGGCGAUGGAUCUUCCUGGGCCAGAUUAUAUUUUACGCCUCGCUGAUACCACUGUUGUUCUUGCUGCUCCCAGAAGUCCGACCAGAUGUUAUUCUUACGCGACGUGCCCGCCAUAUACGCGCGAGCACGGGAAAGGAAGUCUACACUGCAGCUGAGAAGCAACAGACAAGUUUCCGCGACAUUCUCAAAGAGACACUCGUUCGACCCACACGUAUGCUCUGCACAGAAGGUGUAGUGCUAUCAUUCGGCUUUUGGAGCGCAUUCUGCAUAGGAACCGCCUUCAUGUUCACACAGUCUAUAGUCCAAGUCUUCUCUGAACUCUAUGGCUGGACCUUCUUUGGAACAGGCCUAGUCCAGAGCGCCGUCGUGAUUGGAGAGUUCAUAGGACUUUUUGCAUCACUGGUGCAAGACCGAAUUUAUUUUGCAUCUGCCGGACGAAAUACGGAAAGCCCAGGUAAACCUGUGCCAGAAGCUCGCCUAUACCUGAGCAUUCUCGCGUCCUUUAUCGGCUUGAGUGGGGGUCUCUUCUAUUUUGCUUGGACAUCGUAUUCCUCCAUACCGUGGAUUGUCCCCAGCAUAUCGCUUGCUUUUGUGGGCUUUGGCAUGUUUUGCAGUACGGCUGCGGUGACGUCGUAUGUCGUUGACGCAUAUGCAAAGUACGCAGCCAGUGCAAUUGCCGGCAUUGCUUUUCUGGAGAACACCAUGGCGGCGUUCUUGCCACUUGCAACUCAGGAUUUGUAUCGUGCACUCGGCUUCCAGUGGGCUAGCAGUUUAUUGGGCUUUGUGGCAUUGGCGUUGAGUUGCAUUCCGUUAGUUUUGCUGAGAUACGGGAGGAGCAUACGUGCGAGGAGCCCGUUCAUGAAUCAGGCAGGUUAUGAGAAUUAG